AUACGGAGUAUUUGGGCAAACUUUUUUUUCAAUACACCAACUUUUUUUUUUGAGAUUUCCUACUACUUUCUGUUUACCUCACCGGGAAGAAAACAGCAGUUUUAGCAGUAUACAGGGCGAUGGCUGUACAGCUUUCCUGUGCGUGGCUUAACGGUGCCGCAAUCCCUUCCACGGCCGGACGUUAUCCUCACUGCCGGAGCAAUCCUCCGACGGCUCUCUCUGCGGCGGCGUGCGCUUCUUUUCCUCCAUCUUCUGUCGAGAUCAUUGGUGGAAAAACUAAUGAGUUGUACUUAAAUGAGAGUUCAAAACUUUGUACUAUUUUAGAGGGAUGCCAAGAAAAGUAUGAUUGGAAUGAUUUGGAGACUGAUAUCUAUUACUGGACAAAACAACUAAGACCAGUUCAGUGGUAUCCUGGCCAUAUUGCCAAAACCGAGAAAGAGCUCAAGGAACAGCUGAAAUUGAUGGAUGUUGUCAUAGAGGUUCGCGAUGCAAGGAUUCCNGUGGGGGGGGGGGGGUGUAUCAGAUUGUCAUUGACAAGAUAUUCUUGAACAGAUGGACUCCUGGCUCGGUACUAAAAAGCGCAUUUUAGUUUUGAACCGGGAGGAUAUGGUAUCUGAGGCUGAUCGAAAUGCUUGGGCUGCUUAUUUUGCUAGUCAAGGAAUAAAAGUUGUGUUCUCCAAUGGACAACUGGGUAUGGGAACCAUGAAGCUAAGUCGCUUAGCAAAAACUUUAGCAGGAAGUGUGAACAUAAAGCGCCGGGCAAAAGGGUUACUUCCUCGCCCAGUUCGAGCAGGAAUCAUUGGGUAUCCAAAUGUUGGUAAAUCAUCUCUGAUCAAUCGGCUACUGAAGCGUCGAAUGUGUCCUGCUGCUCCGAGACCAGGUGGGUCCGUUUAGGGAAAGAUUUAGAACUGCUGGAUUCUCCUGGCAUAAUUCCAAUGAGGAUUAGUGAUCAGACGUCGGCAAUAAAGCUUGCCAUAUGCGACGACAUUGGUGAAAAAUCCUAUGACGUAACAGAUGUCGCUGCUAUUCUAGUGCAAAUGCUCUCUAGGCAUCCUACUUUAGGCAAUAAAGUUCAGGACCGCUACAAAAUCAAGAUCGAUGGUCACUGUGGUAAACUGUUUGUCCAGAAACUCGCGCUUCAGUUAUUCAAUGGAGACAAGCACCAAACAUCGUUCCGUAUAUUGUCAGAUUUCAGAAAAGGGAAGUUUGGAUGGGUGUCCCUUGAGAGGCCGCCGCGGUGACUUUGCCUACCCUACACGUCGUAAAGCCUCUCCAUCUCCUCGAUCUGCAAGAUAUUGCAGCAGGGUUGGACUUUGGUAGACUGUAAAAUUAACUGGUCAGUUUUUUCUUUCUUGAACAAAUAUCUAUUUUUGUAUAACAUAUGUUGUGUUACAUCUAGGCGAAAUGUUGGACUAAAAUAUAAAAGUGUUAUUGUG